CACUUGUUUGUUUGGGAUUGUCUGACGGGUGUGUUAUUCACUUUGCGAGUGACCUAACUGUUGGGUAGGGUAAAUUUACUGAUUCCCAACAACUACUACUACUGCUAUAACUUCUACUACUACUACUACUACAACUACUACAGCCGCUCCCACAGGCACAUAGACGCUGUGGACCCGUCGGAGGGCAUGAUGAAGCAGCGGGAGACUGGCAUCUAUACCAACGACUUCCUGGAGUUUAUCGGCAGCGGACACUCCACCGUGCCCAAAGACACAUACGACCUGGUGGUCAUCUCGGGCGCUAUGGGCGAAGGUCACAUCCCACUCAGUGGCCUCGACGACCUGGUGCGCGUCGCAAAGAACGGAGGCUUCGUGAUCAUCGUGAUGCGCCUUGAGUACCUACAGACCGCGCCUUCAUACAAGGACAAGCUGGAACAUUACAUGGACCUCCUGGAGGCGGACGGGAAGUGGAAGAAGGUGGAGCGGCGCAUCGUCCCAAACUAUUUCUGUGACAAGGAGGGUCUCGUCUUCGUCUUCCGCAUCACUAAGCCUGAGUGAGGAGGAAGAGGAGGGAAGGGAAAGGAGAGAGUUGAAGAGGAGGAGUUA